AAAAACUGAAGAAGCUGACAUGGUUGGCUCUUUCUUUUUUGCGACUUUCCGACAAUUUCCGCUUUUUCUUUCUCGACUUUUCUCCACGCCUGUCGAGGGAGUUCGAAGACCUUGCGCGAAUCCAGCGAACCAAUGUGUCACGGUGUUCUGCCUUUUUAAUUAACCUUUCUUUCUUUUUUCAUUGUGAAGCCUUCUCUCGGAUCUCUCUUCGGUUUCGUCGCCUUUUGAACUUUUUUUCACCUUUUUUCACCUUUUUUGCCCUGUUCCGUGAUUUCUCGUUAGCCUUCGAGGACACCGCCCGCGUUUCUUCCACGCUCACCGGUUCCUUUUUCUGCAUUUGCCCUUCUCGGUCACUUCUCUCGUUUUCUUCUCGCUGUUCCUUCUCUUUUUCUUCCUUUCUCGGUUGUCUCUCUUCAGUUUAGAUACACACCGUUUUCACUCGCGAGCCGAUCCUUGUCUCUUGCUCCUUCUCUGCUCCUCAUUUCGGUGUUUCCUGAGACUCCUCUUCUCUUCUGCUUGUCGCUUUCUGCUUGUCGCUUUUCGUCGGAGUGGCUCGUACUUCUAGGUCUCGUUGUCUUUUCGCCGUUUUCCUCCUUUCUGCACUCUCCCUUCGUGUGCCUUCGUCGUCUAUCCUUGUUCGCCCGCUGCACUCGUCGCUUGUCCCCACUUUGUUCCGUCCUUGUUCUCUUCCCGUUCUCUGCUUCUUUUCCUCUCCUGCCUUCUUUGUCGUCUUUCCUCGAAGUAUCCUCUCUUGCCUUUUCUUGCUUUGUCGUCUGUUUCUCCGUUCCCCGUUCUCGACGAGCGCCUCUGGUGUUGUUCUCUGUUUCCCGCGCUCUCGUCGUCAAGCUCCUUGGCUGUCCGUUCGAUUCGAGUGACGUUGAGGAGCAUUGCGUUUCUGCCGCAAGAGGCAACGGAGACAGCUGGCUCAUGCCAGGCCACCGGAAGCGAGAACAUCGUGAUCACAGUGAGGGGAGCUCUUUUUUUUCGUCGAAUUUAGGUCUAUUUUUCUUGUUUCCUGGCUUGCCAAGGACCUCUCUGGAGACUUUUUCGCGCUUCCCCUCCCCCUUGCCGCGUCUUCGACAGAUCUCGUUCUUCUUCUCGUGGUGCUGUGCGGCGCCUCGGUGUUUUCGUCUCUCUUUGUCGGCCUUCCACGUCGCGUUUCUUUCUCUCCCGUUUCUGCUCUUCUUCUCGGUUUGUCUAAGGAGGCACCGUCCUUCCUCUUCUCUUCCAUUCUUUGCAACAUCCUCUGCAGUUCGGAAUUGACUUCCUCUUCUCUCUACGAAGGCUCUCGAGUUUCCCUUUUCGAAGGACGAAGUGUCUAUUCUUGUCUCCACUGCGCGAGAAGGAGGAAGGCUUUUCCUUGCCUCUCGUUGUCUUCUAGCGGCGAACAAGAGCCGGCAUUCCUGCGACGAGAGGAGAGACGUCACCAAGAGAGAGAGGCAAACGUAUCUUGUUGUCUUCCUCGCGUUUCGAUUUCAUUCUCCCUCCCUCGAUAUGUUUCGGCAGCUUCGCAGACUUCGUGCGUCUCCCUCGUUUCGGUGCUCGUCUUUCUGCCCUGUUCUCCUUUUGCUGCUUGCUUCUAUUCUUCCAACUGUCGCAGCCUGCAUCAGAACCUCUUUUCCUGUUACAGUCCCUUCUGGGCUCUUUCUCUCUUCCUAAUGAGACUCCGAUUGGUCUGCCGGCCUUCCCCUCUCGCUUAAAAAGGGCAACACCCACUCUUCUCUGUACGCCACCUUGUCUGUUUCUCCUUCUCUGCGUAGACUUCUUUGCAGCUUCAUCCUGCUCUCCUUCUUCCCUCUGAGUCUCUCUUCUUCUCGCUUACUGUGACUGCUUUUGUCUCUCCUCCUGACGCUGCUGUCGCUGUCUGUGCGCCUCUGGCCGCCUUUCUUUUCCGACGGAAAGACACAGUUUCCCCCUCCAUUUCCUCUCCAAAAUGCUGCAGACGUGGAUUCGGCUGCUCACGCUCAUGGCGGUGGCGGCUCUGUUCAUCGUUCAACAGGUUUCGUAUCCUCUCGUCACAGUCUGGGUGGCGUUGGGGGAGUAUCUCCACUGUGCCUCCUACGUUCUCCUGCUGGACCUCAUCAUCACGAAUCGCGGCCUGAAAGGUCUCAGCGUAAAGACGCAAAUCUGCUUCCUCUUUGUUCACUGGUUUCGCUACUUCGACUCUUUCUUCUCCACUCACCCCAAUCACUGGAUAUUUGCCCUGAAGGUUUUCUACAUGGUCGUCUCGGCUCUGCUCGUCAUCUCGCUGGUCUGCCUCAGAAACAGUUGGGAACGGCGCAAAGACACCUGCUCGCUCCUCGUUCUCUUCUCCAUUUCGCUUCUCCUCGGCGGCGUCAACUUCGUCGUCGAUGACAUGUGGCCAGACUCUGGCUCGGAGCGUGCUCUCCACUUGUUUUGGAUUGUUUCCCACUAUUUGCAAGGAUUCGCCAUGCUGCCGCAGUUUGUUUUCUGCUAUCGGGACCCUGACAACAAAGACAGUCUCUUGACUGCGUACGUUCUCGUCCUUGGAUCGUAUCGCCUCGCAUACGCAAUCAACUGGAUCGAGCGAGCGUACAAAGAGAACUUCUUCUACGUUUCUGGCCCUCUCGGACUGAGCAUCUUGAUUCUUUUCCUGGGCGACUUCGUUAUCUUCAAGUUGAAAAGCAAAAGUCUAAUCUCCUCCUUCGUCCUUCGCAUCGACGACACGAUCGACGCCUCUCAGCAGCCUCUCCUUCAGGCCGUUUACGGGAACAACUACGACCGUCUCUCGCUCGCCGAAGCUUCUCAACAGCUCGGCUCUGCUCGGAUUCCUCCCAUUGAAAUAGAUCUGCAGCAUGUCCACGUUGUAGGUCGACCUACAGCCGACAUCAGCUCCCUGUCGACGUCGACGAACUCCCCGGUCACGACGAAUCCGCCCAAGAGCUCCGCGACGCCGGGAGCACAUACUCUUCACGGCGGGGUCGAUCUGGCUGGCGACAUGGCGACUCCGACAGCUCUGUACAAGCUGGACGACGAGAGUGACUCUGAGGACGAGAAAAUAGUGUUUGACAUUUCUGGACGACGCGCCGAGAGAGAAGGCGACCACAGUCCGCGUCGCGACAGGGGCGAAACGGAGAAUCGAGAAGGAGGCCGCGGUCAGUCGGUGCGCGCGUGAAGGCUUUUCAGAGAAGAAGAGACUCGCGAACGAAGCAGACUCGGGAGAACAGGCAAGAUGGCAACCGACGAAGCGGCCGGCAUCUGCGGCAGGAAGGCUGCAGUUGAUGUGGUGAUCCCGACUCGCAUACGAGACCGUCGAACCAGAAAUUAACGCUCUCAAGGCGCGAAUCCUUUCAUCUCAGAGGAUUUGCUCGGUGUGGACAAACAGACGGGGAGGGUUCGGAACAUGCGUGAGUCACGAGGGAAGAGAAGGUGCAACUUUUUCGAGCGGGAACCGAGCGGCGGCGGGCAGAAAGAGAAGGCAGAAAGGCUGCUUUGAACGCUCUGCAGUGACGAAGCCGUGGCGACUCGAGUCGGCUGUUCCGUGACAAUCCGCACAACCUGUGGAUUGAUGCAUGUCGAGACGAACAGGUGACCGAGGAAAGGACUGUGUGUGCACGUUGUUGUGACAAACAGGGGGCGAAGAGAAUCCGAAAAGCUCCAUUAAAAGGGAUCGAAUCAGAUAGAGUUUCAUUCACACUGGAUGGCAGUAGAUGGGGUCGCAGGCAGCAGGGACGACACGCAGAAGUGGGUCCCGUGACGAGAACGCGUAAGGAAAUUCCCUUCUACGCGAGCGGCAGACACGCGGGAGGAAGCCGCAGUUCGAACGAUGGAUUCUUCUUUUUUCACUCUGUUGCCGCAUUGUUCCCGGAGGAGCUACGCGUCAGUGUCGAUUUCGUCUGUGCCGAGUCCAGGGGUUUCCUGUUUUUGUCCUUUGCUUGGAUCCACUGAGUUUCUGAGUUUUUUAGGUAGCUCGCCUUAGUCCUGACCCGUGUGAUUCUCCAGAUGUUUUCGUGGUUCACCCUGCGCUUCCUCCGCGAAAACCGUGAGGCGAAGGCGAACAACUUUUGCUUUCUGUCGAUGCGCGUUCACGGACGUUGGCCAGACGGAUACGUAGAAAAAACUCCGACACGCUCCUAGGGUCUUCUACAGGGGGCUUUCCGCACAUUUAGGAAGAUGCCACUGGGUAAAGAUGUAUCCUCUCUGUCCGCAUGCUGGGAC